UUUGAAUAAGUUGCGAAGAUCCUCGCUUAAUGGCUUUCCCGACUGAUCUUUUUUCCAGCCACCUCUUUGGAACCACACAGUGUUCCGCACAUGGCAGCUACUGGACCCCGGAAUGCAAUGCACCAGCCCGGGGUUACUCUGCAAAGCCGUGUUUCUUGGGGUGAGCCGCGCUCCUACCCUAUUCCAGAUAGUGUAGUCACCUUCCCUAGCAUGUAGCAAUUCCUUCACUUCGGAACCUGGGUUUCGAGAAGAUCAUGGUUUUUUUCGGGCAAGACAACAUAAUGAAGCAUGGAAACGAGAUGGUGGGUAGAAAGAGAGCAAAGGUCAAUGCUGAACUCUUGAUCGAUGCAAAAUGCAGCAUGCACAGAUACCUGCACAUACUCGGCAUAUUCAUUCACGCAGAACCAGCCAGUCACAUUACCCGUCUCUUUGCCACACCUUGCACACCACACAACCUGAACCACUCUGCCGCCACUUCCCUCUGGACUUUUUAUCCCCCAGUAGCAGGAGCAAAGAGGGAAAAAAAAAAUAACGGCCCAUCGGCAGGAUUUGCGAGCUGGUUGCCCCCAAUUCUUUUUGGCAGUUGCCCUUCUUGUUCGACCCACCAUUUCGUCCCAAGCGCGUCAAAAAAGCACAGACACGCUGCAACCUCUCCGAACCGCACAAACACUGACCACAACUUAACAUCUGCAUACAUUUACCACUUCCUCACUGUCUGCUGAACCGCUCGGAGGAGGGCUUCUUACGUGCCGACAGCCUGCAACAAUACCUCCAACCACGCUCAGCAUCUCGGGCCACACAUUGGACUUGACGGUCCCUCACCAGCAAGAGGUUCGAGCCACGAGUCAUUAACCUACAGCUGGGCAUUGAGGGGGGGAGCUCAGCAGGAGGGCACAUCCUGGCAGGCAAAUCCACCUGAGGUGGGCUCGCACCAGACCAGGAAGCCGGGGUUGCAUGGGCGAUUGGCUGGCUGCCCGCUUUUUUAGCUGAAUUAUCCUGCGGCUUCGAUAAGAGAAAGCGCAAACCCUGGGGGCAACCUGGACAGUCGCUGGAUCAUCAAAGGCCGAGGGUCCCCGAAGGCGAAAACGAUUACCUAUUGCCCGCCUUAUUUCACCGGAAAUCGUAGAAACAGCCGGUCGCCGUGUGUUGUCGACGGGUAAUGAGAAACGGGAGGCGGCCAGAAGCCGGGAACUGACAACAACAAAAAAACAACAAACCCCGGCCCGUACUGCCUUUUGACCGCACACUCCGCAGUAACCUACCUGGGUAUCAUCAGUCAGUCCCCUGUCCCGAUCACUUGUGGGCUGGUGGGGAUUCCUCGUUGCUCCAGGUCGGCUGGUGUCCCAUUCUGCUGCUGCCCAGCGUUCAGCAACCGCAAGCACCCAUUCGCAAGGACCCCAGCAUCUACACUACAUACAUACCAAGCAUCGGCUCAAUUCACGCAGUGCCUGCCUAUUGUCUGAGGUGGCCUUCCAAAGCAAGCCACUCCAUACGUGAUAACUCGCCUAGACCACGCGUCAAAAAAGACAAAAGACAGCAAGCAGGACACGCCUCUGAGGACAUCUCAACAGGCCUUCAAGGUCAACUAACAUAUUGUAUUUACACCUUCACCGACUUCCAGUAUUUACCAGCCAUUUUGUGCAGGACGUGCCUGCCCAGGCUCAGCACAUCCUCCUCCACACGGGCUCCACUCAUCUUGUCAACGAUUCGAGAACGUCAACCCCUCCCUCUCAUUCACUUUCGUCCACGCGCGCCAUCACAGUGGGUAGCCUGAACUGGGGUGACCACCCCUUCAUCUGUUGCAACUGGAGAAUUAUACCGGCCCUGCUAGGUUUGGACCAUACAGCUUACCGGUACCCCAUCUAUCUCAUUUCCCACUCACCACACCUGUAUAAAAUUCGCGUCCUCCCGCACUAAGCUCGAUUUUCCCUCGCGCAUUUCUCAGGAGGGCGGCUCCCGACUUCAGUCUGCACGUCAAUCAGCAUCUGGAACGUGCCUCUCUUUUCGCAGAGGCGACAGGCUUCAUCACCACACAGCAUCCUCCAUCAUCACAAGCUGUUUACGUACAUCAGCGACGACAAGCCGCCGUCGUCGAUCAACAGAGUCAGUCCUCAGCAAAACACAAACCUUAAAACAGACCCAUCAAGCUAUCCCGUACUCUCGAGAGGGAGAGCCACUUUUCUAGCCCUUUUAGCGCCUUCGCCCUGAAAAGAGAAUCGCGCAGUGGCAGAGGGUGAGAGGCACUGGGCGCAUUUUAGCCAAACUUUUUUCCGCCAAGGGUGGAUCUCUUGAAAGUCAGAACCAUCCUUGUCUGGUGACUGGAUUGAUCUGCUUGGUGGACGCCUAUCAACAAGCCCCCAUCGAGUCAAGUACAAGGACCCUGGUUCUGCGGAGUCCCCUCAGAGCUACCAAGAGGAAGACCGUCUGGGCCCAACAAAGCUAAAUAAGAGCGCCAGCAUCGCCGGUCCUCGAGCUAUCAGGUGCCGGGUCAUCGACGAUUCAUCAAGGCUACAGCCCUCUACCCCUUGUCUGUCUGAACGCCUUAAUACAUUGUUCCCGCCGCCGCCCGCUACUUGGGACGAAAGCAGCCAUCUUUCAAUCCGCCAGACCUCCCGCUUUACGCCUCCACCAGCAGCUCGCUUCACGCCGAUUCCACCCAGACGGGAGUAUGCUUAGGGAGCUUCCACCACAGCAGGCUACAUCGCUCCCCCGCCCUGGCCAGGAACAGCUGCCAGGCAAACAGCAUAUGGAACGCACUGCCGACUAUUCAGGUUUGCCAUCGCCUUAUCCUAGUACCGUCGGCGACGCCCAAUCUGAGGCCUCUUCUGUAGAUCCUGCUACGGUUGCAUCAACAACAUAUUCUCAGCAGCCAGAAGUAAGGUCAGCAACCGCGUACCCGGCAGCAGGCACACCAACUUCUUCAGAGUACAGCGUGUAUCCUCCUCACUCAGCCCGGUCUGCCAACGGCACUUUUCCGGACACCCAUCUCCAGCGUUCCUACCACCCGGCCAGCAACCACCAAGGCAGCAGUGGAGGUAUGGCGCAAACACCAACCAGUCCGUUGCCUUUACAAGAUGGGCGUAGCCAUCACAACCUGCAGCAAGCCAGAUCUGACAGCGGAGUACCUAUAGAUCCAUCAAUCGCCGCAGCAAGCCCGACGACGUAUUCUCAUCCGCAAUAUUCGCCCUACGCCGCUCCCCAUCAAGACAUGUCCCACCAAUACGCCCACUCGGGUGUUUACCAGACAAGUCGACCAGAUUGGGCCACCUAUCAGUCCCCUGGCGGGGUUAUGGCCGGAGGCCACCACGCUGUCUUCGCCCCAUCAGCAUCGGCAGCUGCUCAACCACGACCUAAUCAGGUGUACUCAUUCGUGCCAAUUCCGGGUGCGCAACAACAUAAACGCCCUCGGAGAAGAUAUGAAGAAAUCGAGCGCAUGUAUAAGUGCGGGUGGAAUGGGUGCGAAAAGGCCUAUGGGACACUCAACCAUCUCAAUGCGCAUGUCACCAUGCAGGGUCAUGGAAACAAGAGGACUCCUGAAGAAUUCAAGGAAAUACGUAAAGAGUGGAAGGCGCGCAAGAAGGAGGAGGAAGCUCAAAGGAAGGCGGAAGAAGAGCGCCAACGCCAGGCUGCCGCCUCCGCCGCUGCUGCGCAAGGCACGGCGGAUUCCUCCGUCGCCGACGGUGCCCAACCAGCCACCACAUAUUCAGGUUCAAGGGCCGUUCAGCUCCCGCCGAUUGGUUACGGUCCUGCUCAGUACCCUGCCCCUCCUUCGGCGGGCAUGCAGCAGCCCCUUUCCGAGUACCAGAGCGCUGCUCACGUCUACCCCAGCUACUCGCCCCCUACGUACGGUCAAACAUCUCAGCCAAUGUAUAACCAGCGUAUGUAACCCUGAUCGGGCAUGCUGUCGGCAAUGUUGCAUUCUAACACUACUUUGCUGAAGACAACGGCGGCCAAAACAACCACUAGAAGGAGGAGGCUUUGCGAUGGAGUGGAGCAGGUUAUGGCGAUGGCACAAUGCCACCAUGGAGCUGAAUGCUCGAGAUACUCAUGGCGUCAUGCCUACACUUCGUGCCGUAGAGCCGGUCGAAAGGAAGCGCCGAUAUGGCUUUACUUUGAUUUUUGUGGAGCGUUCACACAGGCUGCCGAUAAUUUUCGAGGUCGGCUGACGAGGAUAGGGGGGCUAGGUUGGUAUCGACAGGUUUGGUCGGAGCGGAGCAUUUACAAAGUCAUGGCUGUCUCGGAGCAUUGGGUUGAAGGUGUUUGUUGUGGUUCUUGUGUUGUUGUUUUUGGCAACCUUCCCGCGCUAAUGUUAUCUUACCAAAACUGUAUACUUUCUGGGAGGGUUGCGAGACCUCUUUUUCAUUUUUCGGUUGUGGAGGAAAUACCCCGGGGAUGGAGAAUGCUUGGUUGGCGGAUGUGUGGAGUUGUCUGUGUCAUGAUUGAAUUCUCGCUUAUUGUUUAUGUCUACAUGUCUAUUCUUCUCUUUCCUGCACAUCAAAUCAAAUUGAGAGCGGGGGUGUUUUGCGAGUUUGUUUUGCAAGGCUUUGAAAGAAAGAUUAUAGAGAUCAGGAAAUAGGGAAAAGGAGGUAUGGGAGGUGCGUGUUGGCUGUCGGUGAAAACGAGAGAAGGAUGGGUGAUGGCUUUGUGCGUUGUUGAGUGAGGGGCGUGGCACAAUGCUCGGAACAGACGCAAGCAAAGGGUGGAGAGCAAAGAAAAGGCGUGCAUAAUUUGAUCAUGCUGGGAGGUGCCUUUGUCACUGACUACUGGCCUUGCCGCCGACGAUCGGCCCUGGCAACUGGAAAGCCGUUCCCUGGAUUGCUCGUGGUGCAGCUUCGCCAGCAGGCAAUGGAAAAGGUGCGGUUGCAUAUGAUACGGCGACCGUCCACCUACCCAAGCAUUUGUUACGUUAUAUAAGCACGCCGUGGGAUGGGCUCUGAUUUGGCAUGGGAAAAAACCAGACCAGGCUCAUGUCCACAUACAUACGAGGCGAGGAAGAGGAACAUCCAACCGCCGCCCCCCUCUCAAGAAGCAAAGCGGAACUUAUCUAGAAACUUGAGGAUCAAAAUUGUAAAACUCCAACAAACAACAGCCAAGCGCUCUACCUUCCC